UUCACAAGCAUUAUGGAAUCACAAAAUCAAACAGAUGUUUUAGAAUUCUUUCUCCUGGGACUGACAGAUGAUCGAGAACUACAGCCUCUUAUCUUCAGCCUGUUCCUAGCCAUGUACCUGGUCACCAUCCUAGGAAACCUGCUCAUCAUCCUGGCUGUCAGCUCUGAUGCCCACCUCCACACCCCCAUGUACUUCUUCCUCUCUAACUUGUCCCUCACUGACAUCUGUAUCAGCACUACCACGAUCCCAAAGAUGCUGGUGAACAUCCAAACACAGGACCAUAGCAUCACUUACACAGGCUGCCUGUCUCAGAUCUGCUUUGUCUUGAAUUUUGGUGCUUUAGAAAAUUGUCUCCUUGCAGUUAUGGCCUAUGACCGCUAUGUGGCCAUUUGUCACCCACUGAUGUACACAGUCAUCUUAAACCAAGACCUGUGUGUCCUGCUGGUUGUACUCUCCGUGUUCAUUACCACUGUGAAUGCCCUGAUCCACACUCUUAUGGUGCUGCGGCUAUCCUUCUGCACACACCUGGAAAUCCCCCACUUCUUCUGUGAACUCGUUCAGGUCAUCAAGCUCUCCUGUUCCGAUGCUUUUGUCAAUAACCUUUUGAUAUAUGUAGUAGCUAGUCUAUUUGCUGCUGUUCCUGUCUUUGGGAUUAUUUUCUCUUAUGCUCAAAUUGUCUCCUCCAUUUUAAAGAUUCCAUCAGGAGGUGGAAGGUGCAAAGCAUUUUCCACCUGUGGGUCUCACCUUUCAGUUGUGUCCUUGUUCUAUGGGACAAUUUUUGGAGUAUACAUGAGUUCUGCUAUUAGUGACUCUUCAGUUAAGAACAUAGUGGCUUCAAUGAUGUAUAUUGUGAUCCCCCAAAUGCUUAAUCCUUUUAUCUACAGUUUGAGAAAUAGGGAAAUACAAGGAGGUUUGAUGCGUCUCUUUAGUAAGAUAUCUUUUCGCUGA